UCAUGGUGCGGUUCAAAAAUCGCUACUUUUUGGUCGAGCUGUGCUGGGAGCAGAGCCCGCCAUCACGGGCCAAGCCCAUGACGCCCAAGCGGCUGGUCGAGGCUCUUCGAACGGCCAUCAUCAAAUACCAUGGCCAGUUUGGACUCGGCUCAAUCCAGCACACCCUCAAUUGUAAAUAUCUCAACAUGGCCACCGGCGCCGCGAUUCUCCGGUGCGCCAAAGACGUCGAAGAAAUCUUGGCCACCACAAUGCCUCUCCUUCGCCGACUGGGCGACUACGACUGCACCCUGCGGACCCUGUCUCGCGCUGGCACCAUCGCCUCUUGCCGCAAAGCCCUGCUCAGCUUUAAUCGCACCAAACUGGAACACCUGACCAAAGCUCUGCCGCCAAUCAAAAAGGCUGAACUCGAGAUGCAAGCCAACAUCCCCCUUCCCGACCUCUCCUGACACCGCACCCCUGUUGGCCUGUUUGUUUGUGUUUGCUUGCCUUUUGCGGCGCUGAGCGCCUCUCUUCCAGAAUGCUACCCUUGGCCACAAUUGGUUGAUCUUUGUGCUUCUUGUGCUUCCUUCUUACAAGUCUGCGUCAGUUCUGAUCCAAGUCGUGUGGGUGUCGCGCUCUGGUCAUCAAUUAAUUGAGUGUGAAUCGG